AUGGCGAUGGCGGCUGCUCGAUGGCUACCGAUGACUUCCCCAUUCCAAUGGGCGAUCAGUGGCUCGCGCUGGGACAAGAAAGGGCCACUGCGAAAUUACCAACGAAGGGCGACGAGACCUCAGGCGCGGUGGACGAUCCGACGGAACCUACUGCUCGCCGGAAGGGGUCGCGCGACGGUGGAGGAUCGCCGGCGACUGCUGAGGGAUGGUCCGACGCGAACAGAACUCCUGGUGCGUCUAUGGUGGUUUUCGGCUUCAACUUCUGACACCGGGUCACUGCUCCUGCCUGUUGUCGCCGGCGAGGUUUACUCGGGAGUUUUCCGGCGAAGGAUGCACGCGGGAGUGAAAGCUGCGAAGGGAUUUCUCUGCCCUAGAGCGGAGACGGAAGGAAGACUGAGGUCGGGAUUAACGGACGGAUAUGAGAGAAUUGGGAGGGGAUCUAAUCAAUUUGUUGCAAGAGAAGAUAAUUUCCAGCGGAUUUUUUCUUCUGUGUACGAUCGCGAGAGAGAGAGGCGAUGA